GACAUAGCGAGAACCGCACGCGAGAGUAUACGAUUCUUCCUCGCCGAACUCAGCAUAGAGUGCGUACCAUACACUCAAGAUCCCGCUCUCGAGGCCCAAGUCGCCUCGGCGACGCGCUGUUGGCCAGAUAGGGAACGGUUAGCGCCACACAUUCGUACUGGCAUCGUCAUCGCGGCUACUGCAUACGCACAUAACAGCCUCGCUACUCGCACUCUCAUUGCUCUCUACACCGCAAUUGGCGUUGCCCUGGACGAGCCAGACAUUCUUGAGUCUGCGAACGCCAUAGGGUUUCACCAUAGCCUGUGCACUGAAACAUCAGAGCGACCGUCGGCUAUCCUGGACGAAUGGAGGCGGAUCCUAGCCCGGAUGUGGGAUCACUUCCCGCGUUUUGGGGCGAGCUGCAUUCUGACAUCGACGCUCCAAUUCCUGAACAUGACGAUGCUGGAGAACGAGACCAAGGGCAAGGUUCUCAACAGGACUGCAAUGCCUUUCGUAGAAUAUAGGCGCAUGACGGACGGCUUUCCCGAAGUGUAUACGGCCUUUAUUUGGGAGAAAGGCCGCUUUCCCGAUGUCCAAGUAUACAUGCAAGCCAUUCCCGAUAUACUAUCAUUUUACAAGGAAGAGGCCGCUGGAGAGACAGGAACAUACAUUCAUGACCGCGCGCGCCUUACUGGGUUGUCUUCCGUAGAGACGCUCAGAGAGGUGGUAGAGGAGACGGUGUCUGCGUGGCGUCAGGUAUGUGAGAUACUUGGGGAAGGUAUCGCAAGGGACGCUUGGAACAGCUUUGUUCGCGGGUAUGUCACUUUCCACGUACACAAUCCCCGAUAUCGCCUUUCAGAGCUACUGUGA